CAUCCGGGACAGUUGGUAUUGGGUAAAACGCGAACGAGCCAGCGUCGAGACGCUCAACGAGACACUUAACGGAAGCGCAGUCUGAACUACUCAAAGAAAGUUUCUAUGAUUGGUGAAGCGAGCUCUUGAUUUUUUUUCCCGACACCCACCUUCAAGUAUUCCUCGUUUUGACUGGACAAAUAUAGGUGGAAUUCCGAUUGGCUGAAGCUUGGAUUACUAUGGCAACGCGUGGGUUCCCCCCCAUCUUUUCCAGUCUGACGAUCAACGAUGGGGCCGGAGUGCCUUCAACAGCCCCAGCCACAUAAAGCAAAGAUAUGCAUGUGGAAAUACCUAGAUGUUCACUCCAUGGAUCUCAUCAACAAGACUGAAACCACUGAUGAUCUGAAGAGCCUCCUCUCCAGCCUCCUCGAUCUCCAGGAUUUUGAAUCAAAUCCACGCUCUGCUAUCUUAUUGGAUCUGUACUUCUACACCAUCCAGUUCUGCCAGGAACACGGUUUCAACCGGGAACAGACCUCAGCCUUCUUCUCUAUUGUGAAGGAUGUACACGACGCCUGUGUGGAAACACCGCUACCCAAUGUGGAGGAAUGCUACAAGUAUUUCACUGAACUUGUUUUCUGCCACUCCAUUCGGAGACCCCCCUUCAGCAUUGAUCUCUUCAGUCAGGACCAGCUGGUGCUCAUAACUGACUAUAUGAUCAACACCUACUUUCGCCACUACAAACUUUAUAAAUAUGCUUUCACUCCACAGGUGCGAUUGGACAUAUCAUUCACCUAUAUUGGGAUGCCUGAACCAGAGCCCAAAGAUGAGGAAGCUGCGGCUGAGAGCAUGGAGGCAGCUUUGAUGCCUCUGCAAGAGGAAAUGGAUGAGACAGCAACUGCAGCUGAAGAAAGUCCCACUGCUGCGCUGCGAGAGUACAUUGCCAGUCAGCUCACCCAGGAGCUGACCCUGCUGCGCCUUUCAGUGGAUCAACGUUUAAAGGCAACGGAGGACCAGUUUAAUGCCAAGCUGGUCCAGAUGGAGAAGGGUCCUGGCACUGGCAAGGGGAGUGCCAAGGGCAAGAAAAAGUGAGCAGGGUGAUGGGUUAGGUGGGAGGCGAGAGAAUAACUUUUAGAUUAGCAAAUUUUUGCCUCUGCUGGGAAGUUAUAAGGGCCCAUUCACAAAGUAUGCCAUGCAUCAAAGACAGGAAGGAUAUAGGGAAGUUACGGCAAUGCGUAUUUAUUAACAUGGGACUAGCAGAUCAAUUUCUGAAGGCUUUUUAACGUGUACAGAAAAUCCCUACAGAGAUAUCCACUUACAACUGCACGGUUCCCUGUGGAUAUGAUGUUAAGAUAUUAAAGAAUUUUCCUACAGUUGAUGCACAUUUUCU